AAGUUUCCCAUUGGGAGGCUCUUCCUGGGUGAGAAGGAAGAUGGCUGCCCCUGCCCUGAGGAGGCGUCAAGCGGCUAUGGAGCAAAUUUCUUUCAAGAGACAGUUCCUUAUUUAUCUUCUUUUAUUGGUCCUGACUUGUUUGAUCACAAUGAUCCUCUUGGAUUGUGUUGUUACACGUAUUAUGGGGAAAAGUUUUUUGGAAUUGCCUGAUAUAGAUUGCCAUAAGAAUCCUCCAUUCCUAGUAAUAUUGGUAUCAUCAGAACUUAAUGAAAGAAAGACCCGGAUGAUAAUUCGUAAAACGUGGGGAAAGGAAAGAGUAAUAGCUGACAAACUCAUUGUGACAUUUUUUCUUUUGGGAAAUCAUUUCUGGCCAUAUAAACAAUUUAAUGUGACUAUGGAAAGCUUACAUUAUAAAGAUAUCAUCCAAAAGAACUUUAUGGAUUCAUACAAUAAUUUAACUUUAAAGACUUUAAUGGGCUUUGAAUGGAUACAUAAAUUCUGUCCACAAGCUACUUUUGUGAUGAAAACUGAUUCUGAUAUGUUUGUGAAUGUCUAUUAUCUGACAGAACUUCUCUGGAAACGAAAGAAAACUACUGGGUUAUAUACAGGUUUUGUAAAACUGGAUGAAAAACCAAUAAGGGAUCCGGACCUAAAAUGGUACAUAAGUGAAGAUGAAUAUCCAGAGAAAUUUUACCCUCCCUUUUGUUCAGGAACUGGUUAUGUUCUCUCCUCCGGUGUUGCUAGUCAAGUUUAUAUAGUUUCAAAACAGAUCACUAUUUUUAAGCUGGAAGAUGUGUUCGUAGGUAUCUGUGUUGCAAAACUCAAAAUCCAGCCUGAAAAACUUCAUUCAGAACCUGUCUUUUUUCCAAGCAAAGUUCUUUUUUCUCCUUGCAACUACAGGAAAAUUGUUACAAGCCAUUUUACGACUCCUAACCAAAUCCUUAUUUAUUGGAAUGCACUGGAAAGAUUUAUGGAUGAAAAAUGUCCAAAUGAUCAAAAAGGUUUACAAAUUUAGACCAAACUUAUAUUAUUGUAAACGGUAAAUUUCUCAGCAUUUAUUCAAGCAAUGAAAUUAAAAUAUAGAUACAAUGAGAGAAAAGCACAAUAUAUACAUGUUUUUGAAAGUUACCUUAUUUUUUUAAAAAACCUUAACUUUCUAAAGUGUCUGUCCUAAAAAUACUCAGCUACAAACAUUCUAACCAUCAUUAUUAGAGAAUUCAUGAAUCUACUGUUGCAGACCUGUGCCCACUUAUUUAUGUAUUAGCUCUAUUGAACUUAGUGGAACCGAUUUCUGAGUAGAAUAUGGGGCUACAUUGGCAGGUAAACUUGGGCAAACUUGAUUAGAAGCAUACUGUAAUUGACUUGCAACACAGUUCUGUUGGUGUUUGUUUAGAAAUCAAUCCCACUGAGUUCAUUUGGACCUCCACCUGCUUAAAUGUCUAUAGUUUUGCAAUUUUUCUGCAUGUUACAUAGUUUCAUUUACUACAACGAUUAUAAACUGCAUUAUUUAUUUAUUUAAAUAGCACUAUCAUGUGUAUACAUAAAAGUUUUCUUUAAGUAUUUUGAAAUUUUCCAGUGAAAAGAUACUUUAAAGUUUGUUUUUAUCGAAGCUUUUGAAGAAAAAUGUCAAUAUGAUAGGUAUUGUUCAUUCGAGUGGAUCAGCAAAUGUAGAGGUUACCAAAUUUUAGCGCAAAGCAAAUUGAUGCAGAAGGUGAUCCAGAAAACGAAAAUUAGUAUUUUGCAUCAAACCACCAUCUAUUCCAGAAUUUUGGCUUAGCAGUGGCCAAGAAAUGUUGCUCGAAAGAUCAUAAGCAGGAUUUCGUAGAAGCAUUGCUGUCACAUAUUUGUCAAGAUCUACAUUUUUGUGUAAAAUAAAUUUUAAAAGUUACAUUUUUGUUUUAUUAAAAUAUGCU